UAAAAUUUAUUUGUAUAGAAAAAUUCUGAAAUUUUAAAUUUUGAAAAAUUAAAAAAAUUUUCAUAUACAUAGGAAUACACCUAUUCCAUUCUAAAUACAGAAAGUAUAACUACAGAUACAGGUACAAAGAACGGACCCAAAUUGCAAAUCUCGAGGCGAUCGUGUGAAACGGGCCGCGCGUAUCUGACAGAGCUCGUGUCAACAUCGCGAACGCGGGGAGGAGGGAGCCAAGAGUUCUCCUUUGUUUCCACUGCCGCUGCCCGCUGCCGUCACUGCCGUUGCCGCUACAGGAUAUCCUCGGGUCCUCGGCUUGUCCUCCGUAUCCUCCGCUGUUUACGUUCCGCAAGGGGAAAACGAUGUCCCUCGCAGGCGCGAGCCGCGUGUUCCACGAAAGCGAUGCCGUUUGUUUUGCUCGGCUCGUCGGCCGUUGAGACCGGCGGCGCGACGAAGGCGACCCAUCCGCGAACCUAACCUGUACCAGCCGUAAGGUUUAAUCUGAAAUUCCUGUCAUCUUCUGAAUCUGCCUGUCGCGAAGCGGAGCUCUGUCGUGAACGUUGUCGGGGAAAUCACGUCAGAUCUAUCGGGACGAUCCGGAAAAGAUCAAUCCGAUCAAUUUUCUUCCGGUUUAAUCGGAGGGAAAUCGUGCACGUGAUCAACGGGUGAUCCCGGAUUACACGGGGGAAGGAGGAAGUUUCGCAAUUGGGGAUGGCCGGCGACAACGAGCUCUGGGUGCAGUGUUUCACGUGCUGCCUGACACCACAGGCGGCUAGGAGCAACAGACGGAGCAGCGGCAGACCGCAUCAGAGGCUCAGGAUAGAUCGGAGCAUGAUCGGCGUGCCCACGAACUUCAGGCACACGGCGCACAUCAGCAGCGGCGACAUCGACAUGUCGAUCGCCCAGCUGGCCGACCUCCAGGCGCAGAUGCAGAGGAAGAGUUUCGACAGUGGUUUCAACAGCGAUUUCACUGCCAAGACACGCUGAGGAUAGCUUCACAAACGAUGUCAACAGGAUAUUUAACAGAGCAGAACGAGAGCUUUACAAUGCAGAAGGACAACUGACGCUUUUUAUUUUUAUAUCUAUGUUCCUUACUUGUCCAAGGGACGAGUGCAUUUUUUCCAUAUGGGCACGAUGCAUUUUGUAUGAAAAUCCAUUAGAAAAUUAAGACAAACUUGCAUGUAUACUGGACAAAUCUCUGACUUCCAUUGAACGGAAAACUGCCAGAAGUAAUCAUGUUAUAACGUACAAAUAAUCAUUUACGAGUUUGCCUCUAUAUGUAUAACUGAAGACGCAUCGCGUCUCGAAGCUUGAAAUAUUCUAUAAAUAUAUUUUUAUAAAUUAUGUACCUUUUUGUCGGCGAUCUGGUGAUGAGAAAAGCGUGUGUACACGAGCGAAGAAUGGAUCGCUUUAUUUGUAAAAUUACUUGUAAGAUUUAGAAAAUACAAACGUACACGUAAUUAGCGUAUAAGUAAUUGUAUCACAUAAUAUCACAUGAUAAUAUAAUUCUAUA